GCCCCCGAUGUUAGCUGGCCCGACUGCUUCAACUCCGGUGUGUUCGUAUAUCGUCCCAGUUUGGAGACAUUCGCCAAAAUCACACAGUUCGCCAUAGAGAAUGGCAGUUUCGAUGGCGGUGAUCAGGGUUUAUUGAAUUUAUUCUUCGGCGAUUGGGCGCAAAGCGAUAUCAAGAAGCACUUGCCAUUCAUCUACAAUGUGGCCGCAUUCGCUUCGUACUGCUACUUGCCCGCAUUCAAACAGUUCAGAGAUAAGAUUAAGAUUUUGCAUUUUGCGGGCAAAUUGAAGCCAUGGCUCAUACAAUUCAAUUCCGAGAACCGCACAGCACUGACGCCCACAGAGUAUGCGCACGCCGCCGAUUUGAUACAGCUCUGGUGGAACAUCUUCUGCGACAAUGUGCAUCAGCAGUUGUCCGAUGAUAUG